ACCUUUUUUAUUUUUUCUUUAAUUUAGAAUUUAUUGAAUAUUCCACAUUGUAGCUUCUGUCACUCAGAUCAGAUCCCGUUUGAGAAGAACACCCUCACAACUCUGAUCAUCAUCAUUGCUGGAAAUCCACACAGAGCUUCAAAUUCGGAACCCAAAGGGCAAUGCUACAGGGAAGGUUAUCGUUUUUCGGAGGUGGGGAUUCCCGUUUGGUGGAUAACAAUUCGUCAAAGGGUGAACCACUCGUUCCUACACUGAAGCUUGAAACGGAUAAACAAGUUUAUAGACCUGGUGAUCCAGUUGUUGUCACCAUCCAGAUCUCAAAUCCCUCAAAUGGGUAUUCGUUUUUGAUGGAAAGACUCAGUUUUGAGAUCAAAGGGAUUGAGAAAUUGGAUACUCAGUGGUUUGCAACACAGAAGCCUUUGCCUGGUUCAAAACAAAGGAGAGGUGAACAUGUUUUUUUGGACUGCUCUUGUCCAAUCCUAGUUGCAAAUCAGAUUGUGAAUGCUGGCACCAGCAAAUCAUAUGUGGUGCGAACGCUGCUGCCUAGCAUUAUUCCACCAUCUUACAAGGGUUCAAACAUUCGCUAUUUGUACUAUGUUAAAAGUGCAGUAACAGGAGGGUGGCUAAUACUAGAAAAUGGACAAUCUCACGCAGAGACUUCAAAUGAUGUUACUGAUUUGGAUGUUCGUAUUCCAUUACAAGUAUGGAUAAACCAGAAAAGCAGCGGCUUUCCAACUGAUGAAGAUAUUGUUCCCUUAACUACUGUACAACCGGAUAUAUUUUGGAAAGAGAUGGAUGGAGAUGCUGAUUGGGUUAGAGCAAAUGAUUUUUAUGAUGGUAUUGAGGAGGGAUAUGACAGCUCAAGGGAUGAUAUCUCAUCUGUUUCUUCAUAUAACCCCUCAAAAGAAAAUCUACACCGAGGCUUUGGAAGUUCUCUGUCAUUGCGAUCGUCUUCUGCAAGAUCAUUGGUCAGGGGUGCUUCUGCUUUGGAAAUUCAUCGAACAAGUUUAUCUUCAAAUAUGGCACUUCCUCGACUGUCUGUUGCUGUAUCUGAUCCUGGUGCUGAUGUCUUAUCAACCCAGAAGUCAUUUGGCAUAGUAUCCCCAAGUGAUCAGCAGCAGUUCAGAAAGCCAUUUUCUGCAGAUGAUGAUGCAGGAGUAUCCUCUUCACCUGAAGCUGGAGCUGAGUCUUUAUCAUCAGAAGGCUUCAUUAGAGGAAAGUCUUAUAACAUCAGACUUGAUGAUCAAGUUUUGCUUAAAUUUUCCCCUAAAAAUUCUGACUCUACUCAUUACUUCAGUGAUGUGAUAGGGGGGACUCUUACUUUCUUUCACGAAGAAGGAGCUCGGAGAUGCCUCGAGAUCUCAGUAACUUUGGAGACUUCAGAAACUAUAAAUCGGCGAUUUAUCCAUCCUUCUAGAAGAAACUCGCCUACAAUCACAAAGGUUCAGAGUGAUCAUCAUGAGGUUGUUGCAGAUUUGGUGCAGACAAGCUUUCUUUUUUCUGUCCCCAUGGAUGGUCCAAUGUCCUUCUCCACUCCGCAUGUAUCUGUCCAAUGGGUUCUCCGCUUUGAAUUUUUCACAACUCCAAAGCAUGUGGAUUGGUCUAAGUAUGAGCAUCCUCUUCUGAUUGAGGGAAGAGAAAGAACUGAAUGGGUUCUUCCAAUUACUGUACAUGCUCCACCACCUAGAACUUCUGCUUCUAGCACAAGAAGUGAGAAACUUUUCUCUCUGGAUCCUUUGUGGGUGCAAAAUUGAAGUUUAAUUAAACUGAAGCUAAAAUGGGUGCAAUCAAACAUUGCUGCCGGUGAAAUGCCAGAAUGAUACAUUUUAGACCAUUUAUCAACUCUGAAAUUCCCGAGAGAUCUUCAAGUUCAGUGUUACUUUGGAUUUUGGUUCCUUGCAAUCGGCGCAAUCCUAAAUUCACAUAUUCAAGUAAUUUUAGCCGUUCAAUCCAAGAUCAGAUGAUCCAUAGCUUUCAUUAAGAUCAGACAGCUUAGAUAAACUCAAUUUGAGCCGCGUGAUGUCGAUCGAAUGACUCAAAUAUAUUUACGGUGUGAAUUUAAGAUUUCCUUGACCGCAGGAAAUCCAAAUCUGUAUUUGUUUGCUUCUUGUUUUUCUUCUUUAGCCUUUGUUGCUGGGGUGAUUUAUGUCCCAAUGUCCCAUAAUUCAUCUAGUUCUUGAUUUUGUCUUCAUUUAAUUAUAAUAUUUUUUUCACUUGAUUGUGUGGAUGUGUUCGUUUCAA